CCAUCCUCACCUGUUACUGAGAUGAACACACAGACGAUGACUUUCUCCAGGCGCCAUUUUUAGAGAGAGAAAGCUAGAGAGAGAGAGAGAGAGAGGGGAAAAAUGGGUUGUGGGAAUUUCUUCUUCACCAUACUGGUGACCUUCUCCGUAGCUCUGAUCACGUAUAACAUCAUAAUCUCAGCUAAUUCGCCACUCCAGCAGGACCUUCCAGGUCCGUCGAGAUCAUCAUUGUCGAUUGGCGUGGACCCCAUCAUCCAGAUGCCAUUUCACAGAUCGCGAGGAAAAUCGCGAAGCUCCAAGCGACUGUUCCACACGGCGGUGACGGCCUCCGACUCCGUCUACAACACGUGGCAGUGCAGGAUCAUGUAUUACUGGUUCAAGAAGUUUCAGAACGAAUCCGGUUCGGAGAUGGGCGGGUUCACUAGGAUCUUGCAUAAUGGGAAGCCGGACAAGUACAUGGAUGAAAUCCCAACUUUUAUUGCCCAGCCUUUGCCUGCUGGAAUGGAUCGGGGUUAUAUAGUUCUCAACAGACCAUGGGCAUUUGUGCAAUGGCUUCAGCAAGCAGACAUCAAAGAAGAUUAUAUACUGAUGUCGGAGCCCGAUCAUGUGAUUGUCAAGCCCAUACCAAACUUGUCCACUGACGGGCUUGGAGUCGCGUUUCCUUUCUUCUACAUUGAACCGAAGAGGUACGAGUCAGUGCUCCGGAAAUACUUCCCUGAGAACAAGGGACCAAUAACUAACAUUGAUCCAAUUGGAAAUUCUCCCGUCAUUGUUGGGAAGGAAUCUCUUAAGAAGAUUGCUCCGACCUGGAUGAAUGUUUCUUUAGCAAUGAAGAAGGAUCCUGAAGCAGACAAAGCUUUUGGAUGGGUGCUUGAAAUGUAUGCUUAUGCUGUCGCAUCCGCUCACCAUGGUGUUGGUAAUAUCUUGUACAAGGAUUUCAUGCUUCAGCCUCCAUGGGAUAAAGAAAUUGGCAAGAAGUUCAUAAUUCAUUACACUUAUGGAUGCGACUAUAAUAUGAAGGGUGAACUAACGUAUGGGAAAAUUGGAGAAUGGAGAUUUGACAAACGAUCUUAUGGUACUGUUGCACCGCCUAGAAACCUCCCUAUGCCUCCACAUGGUGUUCCAGAAAGCGUGGUGACGCUGGUGAAAAUGGUGAAUGAAGCGACGGCAAACAUUCCAAAUUGGGGGGAAUAGGUAAAAGAGCCUGGUUGGAGCUGAUGUAGACACUGAGCCUGUACAGACAAAGCUGUGCUGCCUUUUGGUACACAGAUGCCGCUUGCGGAAAAGUUUGGGAAAAUUUUCAUGUCUCGCUAUUCAACUUGGGUUGCACACUUGGCGUCUCACUCGAAUUCAGUUGCUCGUAUGUCCUAAUUAUGAGAAUUUUACAACAAACAUGAAUACAUUUUGUGAAUGAUAAGGUUGAUUAUAUAGGUAGGGAUGUGUUAUCCACGCACUUAUUUUUACUUCUUA